AUGUCCCUCUCCCGUGUCGAAAAUCCUUGUUUUCUGCUGUUUCUGUUUGUCUUCCAAGCAAUAUUUAUCCUGAUACUCUACCGAGGUGGACCCUCAAAUGUGUUUCGUGGGUUUUUAGACUCGCGUCAGAUUCUGGAUUACUCAAAAACUCAUGAUGUGUACACAAACCUCAGCUUGUUUACCCAAGCUCCUAAUGAAGAAACCAUGCCGUACUGCUCAGUGCAGUCACCAAUAUUCGUUGGUCCAUUAACCAUCACCUUCAGGGUGCUCCCUAGUGAGAGAACGAUCAUCAGAAAAAAUCCUUUUGUUCAGCCCGGUGGCCGCUACAGGCCACCUCACUGCUUGGCCCGCUACAAAUCAGCCAUCCUCGUAGCCUACAGGAACCAGGAGAAGUACCUUCACCACCUUCUCUACUACAUUCAUCCUUUCUUGCAGCGUCAGCAGCUCAGUUACAGUAUCUACUUGAUUCAGCAGGUGGGGAAUGGUACAUUUAACCGAGCAAAGCUGCUUAAUGUUGGUGUCCGGGAAGCCCUGAAGGAUGAAGACUGGGACUGCCUUCUCCUGCACGACGUCAACCUAGUACCUGAGAACGAUUACAAUCUGUAUGUUUGCGAUGAGUACUAUCCCAAGCAUAUGGCUAGUGCCAUGGAUAAGUUUCAGUACACUCUGCCAUACAAGUCCUUUUUUGGGGGUGUAUCUGCUCUGACUCCAGAACAUUACAUGAAGAUGAAUGGGUUUCCAAACACAUACUGGGGCAGCGGUGGUGAAAAUGACGACAUUGCUACAAGGAUUCAGUUAGCAGGAAUGAAAAUAGUCCGGACAUCACCUCACCUUGGACGCUACAAAGUGAUGGACUACAAUGAAGAGGCAGAGACAGGAGAGCCUUGGAGAAGGCCCACUUCCCGACACAACACCAAAAAAACAUGGAAGGAUGAUGGAAUGAAUUCAUUAGAGUUCAAGCUCCUUUCCAGGACAAAGCAUCCUCUGUAUACCAACAUCACUGUGGACAUUGGAUAUGUUCCCCCAUUUUCUUAAGCGAACGAAAA